UUGACAGUUCUAGCAUCAGCUGAUCUAUUCUAUUCAUGUUCAUAGUUAAAACAACACCUACUCACAUGUUGGUUACCGAAGGAUACGCGUACCUAACUAGCUAACUGGUAUCCUGGCACGUAGUUCAACAUCAUGGAGAACUUGGCCAAUUGGACCGACGACAUCCCUCUGUGCAAGAAUGCGGGCAUCGGCAGUGCCAAUAACGAAAUCUACCGUAAAGACGGCAAACGGCUCGAGAUGCACCCCAUGCAAGACCGAUACUUUCAUUUCAGUCAAGAGGAUCUCCAGCUCAGCACCUACGGUCUCUUCGAUGGGUUUGGCGGUCCUGGUUGUGCCGACUUUGCCAUGAAACGCAUGCCCGUGGACUUGCUCUUGGGACAAUUGUCCGCCAACAGCACCGACGAGGCCGUCAAGGACACGCUAAGACAGGCUUUCCUGAACGUAGAGCGGGAUUACAUCGAGUCCAUCACCGAAUCCAUCACCUCGCACAUGGUCAUGAAGUUUGACACAUCCGUUCGAUCUUCGAAUGAUCCCAAACUCCGUCGCUUGGAAAGCAUUUUGGCCGUUGGAACAUCGGCCACGGUGGUGGUGACGGUCAAUCAGAAGCUGUUCGUGGCCAAUGUAGGCGAUUCCCCGGCGGUCAUAUGCCAAUUGAUGCCCAACGGGCGAGUACGGGCUCUGCAACUGUCUUGUGACCACACCUUGGGCAACGAAGAUGAAGUGUUGCGGUUAGCCCAAGUGGGUUUGAAUCAAUCUGAUCACUUGAGAUUGGUCCAACCGGGAUACACGCGGUGCUUGGGCUGUCAUCGAGUUAAGGGCGGGUAUAAAGAUGUCCCAGAAUUGAGCUGUGCCCGGGAUGAGCCCGUCUUGGCUGAACCCGAGGUUCAGGGAGGGAUUCCCUUGGAUCCAUCAUAUCAGUUCCUGUUGAUCUUCUCGCGAUCCAUUACCGAUUGCUUGAGUCAGGUGGUGUCCACUGAGACUGGCGAUAUUUUAAGUGAGUUGUGUCGGAUCACGGCCGAUCAAUUCACGGAAAACACCACACUCACGGGCGUGGCACAGAGUGUGGUGGAUAAAAUUGUCCGGAUGCACCGAGAACAAUGCGAGACUCGGACCGAUUCACUCACCUCGUGCACUUCCAGAGAAGAUAUGUCGUUGUUGGUGCGGAAUUUUAACGCUAAAUUGUCUUUGGGGCGGAGGAAGAAAGUGAGUCAGGAUUUGAUUAUGUCCAUCGCCACGCCUUCGCAAGACUUGUUGAUGACGGCGCACAAUGAGACCAUUGUUUCGAACCCGCCGAGACACAGACCUACACGAUCCUCCACCACCACAGAAAGUUCCGAUGUUGCAGUGAAAGUCAGGGACUUACCCGUGGAUGAAAACGGCCGCAUCAAGCCUUAUGUUGAUUUCUCUCACUUCAAUCGUGAGUUUGCCAACUACAAGGCCCGCAAUACCUUGAUUCCGCCCCUGAAUGGUGGGACAGAGUCAUGAGCUAUUCACGAAAAAUUGUUAUUUACCAUGUUUGUUCUAUUGAACCAAAUAAAGUCAGAUAUUCAGUUAA